AUGAAUCGUCGCCAUCCGCUCCCUGAUUCGCUGCUGGAUAACUUCGCCACUCUAAUGCAGGACUGCAACAAGCUGGCAACCGGGCCGCCGCAGCAGUCAUCCCACUGCCCCACAGUUCUCACAUCCAAGUUCCAGUGCUUACAUGCAGCAAUCCGCACGUACUCUGCCGCAUUUGAGGUAUCCGCUGGUGUCUUCCGAUCGGCAGUCCCAGUUCACGUCGAUCAGCUCAAGACGGUUUUCUUGCCGGCGUUGCUGAAGACCAUCGUCCGCUUGAACGAUAUCCUGCUCUGCGGCGGCCCCGGGCGAGCGGAUGGCCCGUCCUGUAACCAGCUCGCGCUCCGCACAUUGCUCGACGCGGAGCAGACAAUCAACCAGAUCGAGGCUCUGAUGGGCCCACUCUGGACGGCGGUCUCGUCGAUGUGGAAAAGCAUCGAGAGUCUGUAUGGCGCGUAUGUCGAGCUGCUCCCUAUCUGUGGAAUUCUCGAGCAAGUCGACGUCGUCGAGCCGGUUAGAGGUGAUCGAUCUGUCCGGAUAAGCGCGCUCAACGCCACCUGCGCCCGCGCGAGGGCCGACAUCCAGGGGUUCAUCCAGUGGCUGGAUCUAUCCGACUUCAGAGUCCUCCAAGACGUGUGGCAGUCAAAACUCUAUGACGAACUCCACAAGGCAGCGACGCAGGCCCUUCCGGCGACGUUCCGAGAGUUCCAAGAAACUGACGAGCAUCAUGUAUUCUUUCGACAAACUUUCCCCGACUGCAUCUUGGUCGUGAGGCUACUGGAGAUCUUGAUACGCAAACUGGCGGGGCCGGACAACAAGGAACUUGCGCAAAUGCCCACCGCUCAGCAUACGGCCCUCCUCAGAGCAAUCUCCCCCAUGGCUAGAGGUCUCCUCGACGAUAUGGACAGCAUCACCUACGGGGCUGACUUUCGCCCAAGACCAGCGGCGGCGGUCGCUGCCAAUGUGGCCCGAGCAAACAAGGUCUUCAUGCAGUACUUCGAUCUGCAACAACCUCAGCCGCUCCCAGAUCAUCGUUCCGGGAUGGCCUUUCGAGACUGGUGGAUGAGCUGGAAUCGACUUUUCGAUCUGGCCCUCGCGCGCUUUCAUGAUAGCCACUACCAAGCAUUCCUCAAAUUGGCAUCGGUUGAUUACUAG